AUGCUCUAGUAAAGUUCUCCUGGUAGAUUUUCUUUAACCCCCUUCCACUGUUAGCUGAAAUUUGCCAGACUCAGUGCCAACCCCAACCCCGACUUCCUUCUUAUAACGUGCUCAGGGUUAAGUCUGGAGCACUCUAAUCCAGAGGAAAAUGACUUAUUUUAAAAGCAGUGAAAACACGGCAUUCCUUUGGCACAGGAUGAAGAGCAGCUCAGCUCUUCAGUCGUAGGUCAUUGUCCAUUGUUCUCCAAACAGUCGACCACUAUUUCACACCGAGAGGCUGUGGGCUGCAGUUCUGAGUCCUGGGCUCCUCAUGAAUGUGAAGUAAAGGGCUCUGACCCAGAAAGUGGUUCUCAGCAGGGUAAAAUGGGGUCUCGGAAAUGUGGAAGCUGCCUAAGUGGUCUGCUGAUUCCGCUUGCACUCUGGAGUAUAAUUGUGAAUAUAUUAUUGUAUUUUCCAAAUGGGCAAACCUCCUAUGCAUCCAGCAAUAAACUCACCAACUACGUUUGGUAUUUUGAAGGAAUCUGUUUCUCAGGUAUCAUGAUGCUUAUAGUUGCAGCAGUUCUUCUUGUUCUGGAGAGUGAUAACAACUAUAAAUGUUGCCAGAGUGAAAACUGCAGCAAAAAAUACAUGACACUGCUGUCAAUUAUCUUUUCUGCCCUUGGAAUUGCUUUCUCUGGAUACUGCCUGGCCAUAUCAGCUUUGGGCCUUGUCCAAGGCCCAUACUGCCGCACCCUCAAUGGCUGGGAAUAUGCCUUUGAAGGCACUGCAGGACGCCCUCAGUGGGCUUCAGGUGAUCGUCUGCCUCAUCAGAGUAGUCAUUCAGUUAUCCAAGAUACUGUGUGGAACUUAUUCAGUCAUCAUCCAGCCUGGAAUCAUCUGAAUAAGGACAAGAAUGUUUUCCAUUAUCGAGUUAUGGUCAUCUAUCAAAGUCUCAUAUUUAGGGUUGAGGGCAGUGUUCAAAUGAUGUUUUCUCCAUUUGGUGUUUAUUAUAGCCAUUGUGAAAUUUAUAGUCCUCCCUGGAAGUGCAAAUUAUGCCACACUUUCAUUUAGAAUUUUUUAAGCAAUAUUAGUCAUGAUCUUUAGAAAUGUUUAUACACUUAAAUUAAACAAGUCUAUUUCUAAUAAUCUAUACCUCUGGAAAUAAAUAAGAAUACAAGAUGAAACUUUAUGCAAAUAUAUAUAUUUCAACAUUAUUUAAUAAUGUGGAAAAUUAGAAAAGCCAAAAAUUUUGAAGGUUAUAGGAAAAAUUAAAUAAAGCGUGGUACACUAGUUGUAAUAUUAUAUGGUCAUUACAAAUAAUGUUUUAAAGAUUAUGAAUAGUGCUAUGUGAAAUAGCAGAUUACAAGUUUAUGUUUACAGUAUAAGCAUAACCAUCUAAAACAAGUAAACAAACAAAACACCUAGUAAUCAAAA